CGCAGCCCGGCCACGCGGCCUCACACACCUCGCUACUGUCGCACCCCGCCGCUUCGGAGCGCGCACCCCGCGUACAAAGGGAGCUCGUGAUCUGCCCUGAGGGUACACGUUCUCUGAAGCCAGUGUUGUGUGUAUAAUCAUCUCGUGCGGUGAGAUAGUUGGAAAAUGUCGUGUUUCGGUGGCAGCGUGCUGAUCCCCGAUUGAGUAAGAAGCGUACUGUGAUGUUCAGUGUAGUGUGAUGAUGUGAGUGAAGUGAAGUGCUAAGUAAAAAGGAAAACCGACAUCAUGUUGCCCACAAACGUUAUGUCCUUCAUGAAAAAGAUGGUGGCAACGGACGACUCAUCAAACACGGUGCCCGGCCACAUAGAGUCGCCGGGAACCUUCGGCAAACUGCGACAGACCCUGUCGUCCUCUCUUCUCACUGCUCAGGACAAAGUAACAAAGUUGGGUCCGCGACAAGUUGUGCCGGAGCCGACCCCGGAGCCUACACCAGCGCCGCCACCUGCUCAACCGCCGCCCACCGCUGCACAAAUAUCUAAGACUGAACGUGAGGCUGGUAAAGCGCCAUCAAGAGCGGGUGCGUGCCGUGUGUGCUUGAAGGCUCUAAAGCCCGGAGAGGUGUACCACACGUGCAACGGCUGCCAGCACCGCGUCUGUGAGGACUGCUCCUCCUACUCAAAGCCAGCCAGUGAUGAAGAUGCAAAUUCAUGGCGCUGCUCGGUGUGUCGCCGGAAGGCCGCACCGCGCCUACCCCCUGCCGCACAAGACAGCACAGACUCAUUACUGGAUGUCCCUGUGCUGGAAGCCCUACAACGUCGGCACUCGGAAGCCAGGCUCGGCAGCGGCGGCAGCAGUGCUGGCCUAGCACCCCCACGCUCACCUGAACUCAGGCGACAUUCAGAUGUAUCACCAGCCUCGCUUAAAGAACUUGAGAAGUUAAAGGGCGGCGGCAGUACUACGCCGACGGUGGAGUCACGUCGGCCGAGCACAGUGACACCAGCACGGCGCCGCUCUGUGCGCGCCCCGCGACAACGUUCCUGCGACGAGGACCAGCCACACUCUCCCGCACACCAGGCCGCUCCACUAGCGCCACCUAGCAUCUCAAGGAGAUCAUCAGCUGUAGACGUUGUCGCUGGUGCAACAUCGCGCCGUGGUUCAUAUCGUACAGAUGAACCAAGCUCCACUCCUCAAAUAGCUGCCGGCCUAAGUGUCGAUGAAGACCGACCGAUCAGGCGUCGAGGAAGCCAAUUGCCGGACAUAGCAGCUUUGCAACAAAAAACGGGAACUCUGGCGUUAGCAGCUUUAGCCUCUCGAAGCUCAGAUACAUCGUCAGAACCGACCGUCACAGUCUCGGCAGCCACCAGCGCUGCGCUUGCAGCGGCCGCUCGGCAGAUGUCAGUUGAUGCAGAGGCUAUUAAGAUCGUCAUUCAUGACGUAGACGACCGCACACCACGCCGCGUAUCACUGCGUCGUGACCCCAACGACAAAGGACACCGCUCUCGCGGUUUCGGUAUGCGCGUUGUGGGUGGCAAGCCGGACGCGAGCGGGCGGCGCGAGGCUGUCAUUGUGUGGACCGUGCCGGGCGGACCCGCCGACCUCGCUGGCCUACAACAGGGAGACAAGGUGUUGGAGUGGGGCGGGGUUCCGCUGACAGAGCGCAGCUUUGAAGAAGUAUGCGCGGUACUAGAGCGCGGCGGUGACAGUGUUGAGCUACUGGUGGAGCCAGCUCCGCAGAUGGAGGACCAACCCUCGCAGGCUAGCCAGCCCUCUAUGCAUCACCACGCGUUAUACGAACCGGAUACCGACAAAUCACCAUCUUCGCCGACCCGACGGAAAUUGCCGAAAACCCCGGAGCAAGACCGAGCAGAGCGCGCACGCGAGCGCCCGCCAGCUCGUGCUCAACUGCAGGUGUGGUUCGAAUGCGACCUCCGCAAGCUCGUGGUGGUACUCAUCGCGGCUGACGACUUACCACCUCGAGACCACACUUUGGGAUAUGGAGAUGAACCAGAAGCUUUUGCUAGGAUACGCCUCCUACCUUCACUAGAGAGCUGCCCUCCUGUGGAAACCGACCCAGCCUCGGCUUCGUGUAGCCCGGUGUGGAAUGCUACGCUAAGCUUUGGAGGUCUUACAGCUGACUUGCUUGCUGGCCGAGCUUUAGAGCUUACUUUAUGGGAUGCCUGUCCAGGCAUUGACCCUGUUUUGAUCGGAGAAUGCACAAUGGAAAUCGAAAAAGCAUUCGCAGAGGAACGUGCAGUAUGGUGGACCCUGGAAGAGCGUGGACCCCGCUCAGCUAACGCAUCACCUCGCGGUUCGCUCACUGGUGCGCGCGCAUUACGCCGCGGAGACUUCGCCUCCCAGCGUUCAGUGUCAGACGACGUCGAUUCCAUCGGCGAAUGUGCAUCUUUACUGCACCCAGAUCAUGCGUGGGUUGGAGGGUCCAGGCGGGGCUCCUCGCAGUCAGAAACUCUUGAAGUGGAGGUUUACCAGCUUGGCAAAGAUUUUUCACGAUCUUUACCAGGCUCUCGCCGCUCCUCAUUCCAACAACAAGAAAAGGAAGGUGGUGGCGAUGUAUCGCCGGCGAUGAGUGCGCGACGCAACGAGCGACGACGUUCGUCGUGCGUGCGACGCGAUCCUGACGACAUACUGCGCUCCUUGCGCGCUGUCAAGGGAGAGCUCGGCCGCACGCUCUCGCUCUCCGGCUCCACGGCCAGGCGAACGGCCACGGGGCGUAAGGGCAGCAUGUGGGCGGCCGUGCCGGCGGCAGCGGCCUGCGACGCGCUGGCGGACGAGGACGACGCCGUGCCGCUCGGACCCGGCCAGCUACCGCCGCGGAACGCACAUCUACCGCCAUUGCAUGCCGAGAUCAAUAUUAGCAUUAUUAUGAUCAAAGGACAACUGGAACUUGAGGUAUCUCACGCUCGUCGCGUAUAUGGCGUGAACGGUGAAGUACCGGACUCGUACGUCAAGUGUUACCUGCGCGAUGGGGACAAGUGGCUGCAUAAGCGCAAAACUCGCGUCAUCAGGCGAACUACCGAGCCGCACUUCAAACAGACGCUCAAGUAUCAGGUACAAGCGAGCGAGGCGCUAGGGCGCACUCUAGUGGUGAUGCUGUGGCAGCGUUGCGGCGGGUUCGAGCACAACCUUGCUCUGGGAGGUGCCGAGAUCUGUCUCGACAAGCUCACGCUUCCACAGCGCACGUACGGCUGGUACCCACUGUUCCCUGCCACCUCCUUCGCCAACGACGAGUCGCCCGACUGAUCCAGGGAGCCGUCGCCGGAGCGCCGUGAUGACAACUAGCGCACCUCGACGGCUCGAUACGUUCCAUGAAAUAAUAUGAUUGUAUUUAUCUCCGCCGUGCAUGUUUAUCAUACAUAUUCGCCCACAAUGCUGCAAGUAUUGGACUGAUAUAUGUGUUUGUUGUAUUUAUUCCUUCAUUGUAAAUACUGUGGUGUAGUACAGAUCACAAUGUAUGUAACGUGACGUUAUUCUUGGCUCAUUCAAUUCACAGUCGAAAUAAUAAGGGCAUAAAUUAUUAUAGUGCCUCCAGAUCAAAAAUGAUUUCCCCUGAUUCUGACCUACCUUCAUAAUAGGAAAUCUCUCAGGGCACGAUUUAACAACACCAUCUUAGACUGUAGUUUAAUGAAAAGGAGCUUAUUGUAGAAAAGUGCUUCAAGUUUUUAAGUGUGUAUGUUAUGUCCAAAUGUGGAUGUGCCUAAUAAACGAUUAGGCCUUGGAUAUAGUAAUUUAUUAUUAGCUCAAGGGAUAUUGUAUUUUAUUUAAAUGAUGAAAUGUCAUGAUGAUUGUGCUUAACCCUGUAAAACGCAUGUCUGUAGCAGUUUUCAGUUUAACUUAUAAAUGUGUAAUUACCAUAUAAUUCAGGAUAUUCAGAAUAUUUAGCUUAGUACAACACACUGUAGAACAUUUCAUGUGCAGUACAAUAGACUAUAUAUAUAUAUACCUACUUAAUAGAUAUAAGGAAACAAUGUGCGAUGCAUAAUGUAUAUCUCUUGGUAACUAUCACUUUCACUAAACUUUCUUAGAAAGUAUCGUACACGUUAAAGAACAUUUUUCUUCUUGACUGUCAUGGUUAUUAAUGGAAUAUUAACUAAUCGUUAGUGUCUCAGUACAUAUACCAUUGUAUUUCUAAGUAUUUAAAUAUUCGAACCAACACUAUCUUAUAACAUACGUCAUCUAAUAAACCCCAACUUUGACACUUUGCCUUAUAUGAUUAAUACAUUUCUAAAGUUAUUCUAGUAAGUAAGCGCGUCUAGGUACUAUUCUUCCAAGGUUGUGCUUUAGUGAAUUUUCCAAAGUAUACCUACUUGUUUUACAAAUCAUCACUGUAUACCAAAGUGGUAAAAAAUCGUUUCUUCGUGUCAAAAUUCUUAUUCUAUGAACUGUAAAUAGUUAUUGUGAAAUUGUUUUUCAAAAUUUUCUACGCACAACAUUUUCGUGAUAGAAUUUAUAGUAAAUCUUUUAUAAUACCUUCAUUCAAAAAGUAUGUACACAUUUCUGACAAAUACCUUUAUAACUAGUACAUUUCAAAGAUGUUACAAUAUUACGUGUUUAGAAAUCAUGUCAUAGAUGUAGACCAGACAUUUCGGCAUUGUAAUAUUGAUGUGAUCUGUUUAUAUUAAGUAAUGAGUGUAGUGCGAGGGCGAGGGCGAGCUAGUGGCCCUUAGAGCGGCACCGCCUAGCGACACAACCAUAUCGCGCCGGCUCGUUUAGUUAGAACACACAAACUCAUUUAGUAGAUAUUUUAAUAUUCGUGAGAUAAAUGAUAUUUUGAUCAUUGGUGUUAGUAACAAACUACAUAUCCUGUGAAAAGUACCUACAUGUAAUGUAAAAUAUAUCUUGUCGAAAUCUGUGUUCUUCCAGUGCUAUCAUAGCUUAGUGGCUCACCCGACAAUAUUUCUCUUGCUUGCAGUCACCGUAGCACGGAGUGUGCGCAGUGGCACUGACACUCGGUGACGUCACUUGGUGGCACGUGCCAUGUUAGUGCCACUGCCACCAAGUACUCCAAAGAGUUUACGGUGCAUCGUUUUAUUUUAUUUAUCGUGGUUGUACAUUUCCCAAGAGAGAGAAGUAUUUAUUAGAGAGAUCUAAAUAUUCACUUAUAGAUUAACUACUUAAAUAUUAAAAUACUCGAAUAAUUCAAAUGCCUAAGUAUAUAUCAGGUAUUAAGUAUAUUUUUACACUAUAAUUUUUGUAUUCGAUUAAGUUGAACAAAAUAUACAUAAUAUUUAUAAAUGUAUCAAUGAAAAAUCUAGAUAUUUAAUAAUGUAACUAUCAAUUCUGACAAAGUGUUAGGAUCGAUCUACUUACGCUUAUUAUCUUGAUAUGUUAGAGUAAAGUAAUAUUCUUACGUAAGUGACGUAUGUAUGUAAAACGUAAUCUAUGAUGUGCCUCGAUGAGCCCCGAUACCGGCGGUCACACGUCCCGCGCCGUGCUCGCCACAGCCCGACUUGUGAUGUGGUAUCGGAUAUCAUACUAUGUACCUUCCUUACUUUAGCUAUAGUUAUAUAUCGUUACUUCUUAGAACACGAUCAUUUCCACAUUCCGUGCCUUGAUAUACGCUGAAAAUGACUAACGCUUUCACAAGCCUCUGCAAAUAUUAGAAAUAACUUUUUGGCCUAAACCGCAAACACUGAUUCAAUAAUGUUUGUAUUCUAUAAUAAACUGAAACCAGUUCUUCUUGCACCCACUUUUCAGCUUUAAUCAUAGGAACGGAAUGAAUAUCUACAAAUACUAGUACGUAACAAAUACAUAUGUGUGUCAAAGUAUAUUAUUAAAUAAAUGUGAUAACAAAUGAGUUUAUUAUAGCGAUAUAAACAACAAAAAAUACGUUUUAUUAUUUC